AUGGAGGGGUUCAAGGCUUACAAGGGGCUCAUUUUUGUAUCUCUUGGCCCCCAAGAGACAUGUACUACACUGAUGGAUCACUAUAUGUAUAAAGAGGUCAUUAGAUAUACACGUUGCACCUCGUCGGAUGUAUUAUCUAUGUGGAUAAGUCUCAUGAAAAUGCGUACAUUAGGACCUGAUGGAAGGCCACAUACCCGCCGCCGCCGCCGCCGCGAUGAAGCUGGUCCCUCAAACCCACCUCAAGAGCCAGCACAGCCACCACCGGAGCCACCGCAGCCAGUUGGAUAUCCUAGUGGACCAUCAGAUCUAUCUUUACUUGUUCGUUACCAAGACCAUGUUGCUCGCCGUUUAUGGUACGGACAGGAAAGAGGUUCUAAAAAGGAGCUUAAAGUCGCAGGACAUGGGACGAAGCUCCAGGAAAGAGUGCCUAUGAACCUCCCACCAGAGAUGGAGGCUAUUGUGAGUGAGUCAGGUCUGGCUUCUCUUCAGAGAACUAGCCUGACCAAGAUAGAUGUUAACCUCGUCUCAGCAUUUGUGGAGAGGUGGCAUGUUGAGACAUCGUCAUUUCACAUGCCAUUUGGUGAGAUGACGAUUACUUUGGAUGAUGUUGCCUGCCUGCUGCAUUUGCCUAUUGGGGGUAUGUUCUGGUAUCCUAAUGAGCACGUCACAGAGGAGGUGGCGGUUGAUCUUGGCUGCAAGUUAUUGGGAGUGGGUAGACGUGCCAUGGCUGAGCAUGUGCGUUCAUGCAGGGGAACUUAUUACUCACUGCAGUGGUUGUACGACAGAUUUGUGGAGUACCGUGCUGCUGGUAGUUGGGCCUUCGCGACCAGGGCAAAUUUGAUGAUGUUGGUAGGUUCUACCAUUUUUGCAGAUAAGACAUUUACUUUGGUUGAGGCCCGGUAUUUGCCACUAUUUAGAGACCUACGUGGGCUCAGUCACUACAGUUGGGCAUCUGCUGCCCUGGUCACUCUUUAUCGCCACCUUGGUGAUGCAUCUAUGUUUAGUUGCAAGCAGCUCGGUGGAUAUCCUACUCUGAUUCAGUACUUUCCUACACUGGGAAGGAAAGGAGAAAAUUGGCGGCCAUCUGAGAACCUUGGGCUUCCGCGGGCGAUGAGAUGGUCCUACAGGCAAGGAGCCAUCAAGGUGGAUGCGUAUAAACCGAUAUUGGACGAGCUGACACCUAUAGAUGUCAUAUGGAGCCCAUUUGAGGAUCAUAGACCUCAUCGAGCUUUUAACGAGUUAUCUUUGUACAGAGGUUUUCUCGUUUGGGGUGAGUUACAUGUGCUAUACUUACCUAUGGAUCCCAUGAAGCUUCCAAUACCUGAGGAUUGCGAGAGACUUGAGGCACUGAAAAGUUUGGUAAAUGAAGCAUUGCCAGAAACUGAUAACCGACUUGUGAGUAAAAUCUCGUAUCGUGAAGAUGCUGGUUCGUCCAGAAUCGUCUGCAAGAGUCUAAUGCUUUAUGUUCUAUGUUGUAUUAUCUAA